CCAAUUUCUUCACCGGAAUUCCCAAUGUUCUCCGCCGUCGUCAGACCUUUCCUCUCUCCCUCACCACCGCUCUUUCUCCGUCCUCUUUCUUCUUUCUCGAUUUUCUUCCGAUCCUUUCACUUGCCGUCUCCUCAACCUGCUCACCCGAUUACGCCUUUCCUUUCCUCCGGCCGUAACUGUAGCCGACAUGCGUUUGUCGUCGACCAGUACCUCUCUUGUUCCAUGCCUGAGAAGCCUCUUCGUGUCGCCGUACUCCUCAGUGGAGGCGUCGAUAGCAGCGUCGCUCUCCGCCUCCUCCACGCCGCUGGCCAUUCCUGUACCGCUUUCUAUCUCAAAAUCUGGUUCCAGGAAGGCUUUGAGAAUUUCUGGAAUCAGUGCCCCUGGGAAGAUGAUUUGAAGUAUGCAAAGCAUGUUUGUGAGCAGGUUGAUGUUCCUUUGGAGGUUGUGCAUUUAACAGAUGAAUAUUGGGAGAGAGUUGUUUCUUACAUUAUUGAGGAGUACCGUUGUGGGCGUACACCUAAUCCGGAUGUUUUAUGUAACACUAGAAUCAAGUUUGGGGCAUUCAUGGAUACAAUCAGUGAUAUGGAGUAUGACUACAUAGCGUCAGGUCAUUAUGCUAAAGUGGUCCAUCCUCCUCCUGCUGACCAAAAUGAUUCAUCGUCUCUUUUGGAACUAUCACAAGACAUGGUGAAGGAUCAGACCUACUUCCUCUCACAUCUUUCUCAAACACAGCUUAAGCGACUGCUAUUCCCACUUGGAUGCGUAAAGAAGGAAGAAGUUCGCAAACUAGCCACAAAAUUUGAUUUGCCUAAUAAAGACAGAAAGGAUUCGCAAGGAAUAUGUUUCCUUGGGAAGAUAAAGUUCAGUGACUUUGUCGGUAGACACAUAGGAGAAAUGGAGGGAAUUAUAUUGGAAGCCGAAACUGGGGAUUUUCUUGGUAACCAUCGGGGAUUUUGGUUUUACACAAUUGGACAACGCCAAGGCUUGCGUUUACCCGGUGGACCCUGGUAUGUUGUUGAAAAGGACACUAAAAACAAUGUAGUGUUUGUCUCAAGAAAUUACUACUCAAUCGACAAGAGAAGGCGGAUUUUCCGUGUUGGCUCUCUAAGAUGGCUUAGUGGGAAACCUUCAGGAAAUGUUAGCCAGCUUCGUUGCAAGGUCCGGCAUGGGCCUGGCUUCUACAGCUGUAGCUUUGAAAUGGAAGCACAAGGAGAUGUUGCGGUUGUACACCUAGACGAGGAUGAUCAAGGUCUAGCUGCUGGGCAGUUUGCAGCGUUCUACGAAGGAACCACUUGUAUCGGGUCAGGCGUAAUCCUAGAGUCAUGGGACGAUCAGUGUUUCCCGGUCUGUGCAAAAGCCCUUGAACUCGCAGCGAUGGAAGACAAAACAAAACUCGGGAAACCUGUAAAAAUCAUGACGAUGCCUGUUACGCCAUCUGUUGAGACUGAGCCAAGAGAAACCAGUGCAGAAGCAAAGCUGGUCAAGGCGUGAAACAAGGAAAUGGUUGUAGUAGGCUCAGGUAGAUCUCUAGAUCAGAAGCUUUUUAGUUGAGAAGUGACAAAUCAAACGUCAGAGUUUGCCGUGAAAAGACCAACUAAAGCCAGAGCAAUCUAAAGAAACUACUUGAAGAGUUGAAAACUGGGGAAGCAAAUGUGGUUAUAGGUCAAGAACCGUAGAUUGUGAAACCAAUAGUUUUAUUGAAAAAAAAAACAUUUGUACCAUAAGGAUAUGUUUUUCCUACACAGUUUUUUUUUGUUAUUUAAAAUUGCAUUUUAUU